AUGGACUCAAAUUCCGAGUUAGCGUUUAAUACAUCUCAUUAUCCACAUCAUGUAUCUUAUCAUCAUGGAAAUGUAUAUGAUUCUCCUAUUCAAGUUUCAUCAACGGCACCACCACCCAAUUGGAUGAUGCAUCCCCAUCAUUCUCAUGCACCUUUAAUGAUGUCACAUCAUUUACAAGCACCAUCAUCCCAAUAUUCUAAUGGUAUGAAUGGUCCACAUUCAAAUUCUUCUAAAGAUGAACCAUUAUCUCCUUUAUCGUCAUCACCUGGAGCAACACCAACAACAUCAUCAUCAGCUCUAACACCGAAUUCUCUUCCAUCAUCACAAUCAACAAAUACAUCAAAUCAUCAUCAACAUCAUAAUUCUUCAUUAAAGAAAACUCUUGAUGAUCGUGUUAAACGUCCAAUGAAUGCAUUUAUGGUUUGGUCACGUGGACAACGACGUAAAAUGGCACAAGAAAAUCCUAAAAUGCAUAAUUCCGAAAUAAGUAGAUGUUUAGGAGCUGAAUGGAAACGUUUAAAUGAAGAAGAUAAACGACCAUUUAUUGAUGAAGCCAAACGUUUACGUGCAAUUCAUAUGAAAGAACAUCCAGAUUAUAAAUAUCGACCGAGACGUAAAACAAAAAAUUUACAAACAACAUCAUCAUCAUCAUCGACAACAACAGUACCAUCCAAUAAUUCAUCAUUGAUAAAUAAAAAAGAUAAAUCACAUCAUCUUAUGCAUCAACAUCAUCAUUCAAAUCCAUCAAAUCUUCCACCACCAAGAGGUUCAAGUUGGGGUUUACCAUCAAAUGUUAUUUCGGCAUCAUCAUCAUCACCUUAUUUAACAGAUUGUAAUUCAGCUUAUUCAAUGACAGAUCCAAAUUCACUUUAUUCACAUCCAUUUCCACCACCACAAAUGUACCAUUAUGGUCCACCAUCGAGUACAAGUCCUCAACCACCAACACAUGUUCAAUAUGGGUAUACUAAUAAUAUGAAUGGGAAUCAUGCAUAUCCUUAUAUAAAACCAGAAUCUAUGUCAUCUCAACAUUUUUAUCCACCACCACCACUUUCGCAUCAAGACUAUUCACCACCUGAUCCAUCAUCACCUGAACAGCAUAUGUAA